AUGCCGCGUCAACCGCUCAACGUCGUCAUAUUGGGAGGUUCCUUUGCCGGGCUCGCUGUAGCACAUCACUUCCUGGACCGGAUCGUCCAUCAGCUCAGCACUUUCGAAGGCGCGCCCGCCUACCGAGUGGUCCUCGUGAGUCCUUCGACUCACCUCUACUGGAAUAUCUGUGCCCCGCGGGUGUUGGUCUCACCCAGUCUAAUAAGUCCCGAAGAUGCCUUCAUUCCCAUCGAACCGGCCUUCGCCCGGCAUCCCUUCGACAAGUUCACCUUCAUGCAAGGCUGGGCAACCGGGGUUGACACGAGCGCAAAGAAAGUGACCAUCGAGCUUGUUAGAAAUGUAAAAGAGAAUCGGUUGAGCGGCGUCUCCAAGGCGAGCUCAUCGACCGCCGAAACCAAUCCGGCAAACAUAUCCACGGUUCAGACGAUCUCAUACCAUGCCCUGGUCCUUGCGACUGGCAGCUCGACAUACUCACCACUAUACUCGCUUCAUGGCACACAUGAAGACACACUAGCCGAGUUGAGAGCCUUCCAUCGCAGGCUCGAGACUGCGCAUUCAGUCAUGAUUGUUGGUGGAGGGCCUUCAGGCGUCGAGACAGCCGGCCAGCUCGCCACCUACUACAACCAGAAGAGAAGAUGGAGAACUUUCAAAGAGAAACGGCACCGUUCCGACACGACCAUCACGCUUCUCUCUGGUGGCGCCCGUCUCCUGCCCAAGCUCCCUCCCACCGUUAGCAAGAAAGCAGAAAGGAAGCUAAAGAAACUCGGCGUGCACAUCGUUCACAAUCUCCGUGAAAUCGGCAACACGACUAACGCAGACGGCACAACGAACUGCAUUCUCAACAACGACAUGACUAUUACUUCCGACGUCCUCAUCUCUGCAACCGGCGUGUAUCCUAAUACACGCUUCCUGCCGCAGCACAUGCUCGAUGAGAACGGAUACGUCAUCACUGAUCCCCAAACACUGAGAGUGUAUGCCCAAGGCGUGGGCCAGAGGGUGUAUGCCGUCGGUGACUGCGCCAACUACUCGAAGAACUACACACUGGACGUUUACGAAGCCGUUCCCAUUCUAAUGAAAAACCUGCAGAACGAUCUCCUGACACACGAAUACAAACUGCAAACCGUAACCUCGAUGCCGCACGGGGAGGCACACAAGACAGCGCGCCAGAAGAUCGCCGCACUGGAAGACGCGCACUAUCACCAGAAUCCGACGGACUCGCAACUCAUGCCGAUCACGCGGUUUGGUGGCGUGGGCGUGAUUUUCGACUGGCGCAUUCCGAGCUUUUUGGUGUAUUUGAUGAAGGGGAGGAAGUAUCGGCUGGGACGGGCAGAGGGGGCGGUGGGGAGGGGGAGGGAUCCUUAUGCGGUUAGGUGA